UCUUGUUAUUCUCCAUAAUAGCUUUAUGCCACUGCGCUUUCCUCAAAAAAGCAGCAGCCAUCAGUAUAAUCUGAAUAAUAUUUCACACUGCUUAGUGUGAUCAGUGUUUCUAUAAGUUCAAGUAUAAAAAAAUUAAAAACCUCCGCAAUUUGUGUCUGUUUUUGUCAGUUUUCGAAGCACAUGAAGCACAAACGAAGGGAAUAUUUCCUGAAGAGACAGUAAGAGGUUGUUUUUGUCUACAUAUGCACGCUGCCUCAUGGAUGGAACCAGCAAUACCGUAAAUGGUGCUGCUAAUGGGGAGGGGCUGGGAGUUAACAAUAAACAGGACCUUCUGACUGCGAUUGAGAGAGCAGAAGUGAUCAGUAGUCAUCUGAAUGAGAAGCUACAGCUAGACGACCACGAGAGUCAGCUCAAGUGGCUGCAGGAACAUGUGCUAUGGGGACCCAACACAGAAGAUAUCACCCUCACUUCGAACACAAAUGAACUGGGCCCUCGCAAACUCUUCUAUUAUGGACAUCUUGUCAAGUCUAAAAGUGGGAAGCAUCUGUUCGUAUUUCUGUUCAACGACUUCCUCCUCCUCACAGAGAGCAUGUGUGCGUGGCACGAUGCCCAGAAGAAGCUGUUCGACGCCAGGUGUCAUGAGCCAUACCUCACCCAAUACAGACAACCCAUGCUAAUCACAGACGUACAAGCAUUCAACUCCUCCUCCGGAGUACUCGCUACUGUUGGUCACGUGUUGGAGGAAAGAGGUCUGGACAAUCACAUUUCUUUCGAAUACCGGCUGAAAAAAUACACUCUUAAGGCUGAUGGGGCCGCCAAAAGGAAAAGUUGGAUGAGUGCCCUUAAACAUGCGAUCUCUGACUACGUGGAGAUGGUGGGAAAGCGAGAGAGAAUCGUCGGCUGUCCGGACGGGAGGGGACUGAUCAAGAUAGAGGUGCUGCAUGCUGAAAAUGUCGCCAUUCUCUCAGACAAUAAAGACGCCAGCCUCCUCAGUCCUUAUGUCAAAAUCACCCUCGGAGACCAGACCCUGAAGACGCCAGGGGCGAAGGAGGGGGAGGGAGGGGAGAAGCCUUCUUGGCACUACCCUGGUCAACUGGUGUUCUGUGACCUGGAAAAAGAGACUAUGUGGAUCGCACUCUACAUCAAGCGCAAAUUUGCGCCAGAUGAGUACGUAUGCGCCAAAGAAUUCCCCCUCACAUGUCUACCUGCAAGUGGGGGCAAAGUAUCCAAAGAGCAGGACUUCGACCUCGGAGACGGACAGGGUACAGUCAAACUCAAAGUCCUUGUUAGCAAGUUUCAAUCUUGACGCCAACGUAGCUGACAUCUUAUGUCGCCUCAACCCAAAAAUGUGAAUUCAACCCGAAAAUGUCGCCAAAUCCCUUUAGUUUAAAUCAACAGUUUUAUAUCAUAGAACUUGAUGGAAUUCGGAAGCCGAAAAGUGCGAUGCAAACUAUAAAUUAAAAUUUAAUUUUCAUUAGUUGCAAAAAAUGCAUAAUGUUUCUGCAAUCUAAAUGAUUAAAUAAUUAAUGUCAGAUUACGUGCAAUUGGAUAAUGUUUUUAUAAUAGU